AUGAUUGACUUGGACGACAAAGAGAACCAGUCGCCGCUGCGGCUGGGCUUUGGAAAGUCUCCUUCACCAAAGCGGUCCCGCACCAAGAAUACUGCCCCUGCUGCUGGUCAAGACUCAGUCCCACCGUCCGCAGUCAAGUCCAUCCUACCAUCCAAAGAAGAUGAAGCCAAGAGACGAGAAGCCCGUCGCAAAUCUCUCGCCAACCGCAGAGUCUCCUUCGCACCCGAAGCAACACUCCACACCUGGGACGUAAUCGAGUACAUGCGCGAUGCGACCGCCUCGUCCAACUCCUCCGACCAUGCAAGAGCCCACCAAGAGGCCGACUCGGAUCCUCCCUCCACUCCACCAGAGCAAGCCGACGACGACGAAGACGGACUACCACACUCUCCCGAACACCAGCGCGAUGCCCACCAGCAAAAGCGCCGUCGAAGUUCUGCCAUUCCUCCCAUGAACUUCAAUGACCUGGACGACUACUCUUCCUCCCCAGUCAGCGGCAGUAGCAAUGUCGAAGCUAGUAGCGAUGUUGAAGAAGAAGUCGAGUCUGAAGAUGACGGAGAGAGCACGGCUAUGAGCCUGGAUCAAGGAGACAACACUCUGCUCUCCCAGCAGUCUGGAGACAGUACCGGUUCAAGCGCUCGCCUGGACGCUGCGUUACAGCAAGCCGCCACUCAAGCCGGUACUCGAGGCAUUGACUUUGACGAGUAUGGCGACAUGUCUAUGGAAAUGGCUGGCGAUGAAAUCACAAAUGCCUUCAAGCCCUGGGCCCAAGGUCAGCACUUUGCAGCAGAAGGCCAAGAGAACAACGACCCCUUCGACUCGGUAUUCCGCCCUGGACCGCAACCUGGUAACGAGGAAGACGACGAUAUGAGCAUGGACAUGACACGUGCAGUAGGCCGCAUCCUACCUCAACAACAACCCCAGGACGAGCAAGAAGAGACCGAAGACGAGGGCGACAUGACGAUGGAUAUGACCAAACCCAUGGGCACAAUCUGGACCGCAAACCAGCCUCAGGCACAGCCACAGGAACAGGAAGAGGACGAGACACGCGACAUGACCAUGGACAUGACACGACCAGUCGGUCGCAUCAUCCAGACGCACCAGGAUCUGUAUCAACAAUCUCCCGAGAGAACCGUCUCGUUUGGAGACGAGACGAUGGACCUGACCCAAGCAGUUGGAAAGAUCCACCAAUGGAACCCUCAAGCCCAGCCGCCUCGUAGUGCUCUCAAGAGACGCUUCGAGAGCUUUGCUACAGAAGAUGUUGCUUCUCCGUCCGUCAAGAGGCUCGUUUUCGAGGAGCCCACACGACGUACCGUAGCUCAAGCACGCGAUGCGAAACGUAGGCGUUCAUCUUCGUCUUGUCAGUCGUUGGGUGAUGCCACCAUGGAUCUGACCGUGGCAGUUGGUGCCAUUCAGCAGAGACAGCAAUCUCCUGUCAAGAAAGACAGACGUUUGAGUGCACGCAGCCGCCGCUCUUCUAGCGCUUCGUCUAUCAUGGAUGAGCAAACCAUGGACUUCACCAUGGCUGUGGGCGGAAUCAAACAGCAGCAGCAGCCGAAGUCUCCCAGAGAACCGUCUAUCAUUGAAGAAGAUGAUGCAGAAGAGAACGAGGAUAUGUCUAUGGAGUUCACUGCUGUUGUUGGAAACAUCCUAAAGCAGCACACAGCCACCGUGGUCGAACGCCCAGCUACACCUCGCAAAUCUCCCUCGCCUGCCCGAACAGAGAUUCCCACUACACCUAAGGACCAAGACCGCUUCAAGGAGAGGCGAGAUCUGACAGCCAAGAAGCUUCUGACACCACUGUUCGAGAAGCAAGCACCUGGCUCUGCUGUCAAAGAUUCUGCUGGCUCGAAGAGGAGCUCUGCCCGCAAGUCUGCCUCCAAGGAGCCUACCACAACUCUAUCUUUCCUCGGACCGGCUGUUCUGGUAUCCCCUCACCGAAGCCCUGGAUCUGCUCGUAAGAGUCCUGGAUCCUACAGGACUCCUUCGUCUACACAAAAGACUCCGUUGUCUGCUCAGAAGAUCCCCUCGUCCGUCCGUAAGACACCAGUAUCAGCAACGAAGAGUCCACACUUUGCACAGAAGAUCUCCGAAUCUGCUCAGCACACUCCUCUGGCUCAGACGAGCCCCGUCUCUGUCAAGCAAAAUGGCUCGGCUCAGAAGCUCGCCUCUGUGCAUAAGAGCCCUGCAAUCAUGGCUCGUACCCCUGCAUCUGUCACGAAGAGUCCAGUCUCAAAGAUGUCGAUUCGCAAGAGCCCUGUGUCUACUCGUCGAAGUGCAAGAAUCAGUCUUGCGGCAGUUCAGCCGCAGCAAGAUGCGCAAGUCGAAGAGACCAUGCCUAUACCUACUCCUACAAAACCAACAGCUACGACGCAGGCUGCAGAUGAGGUGCAGAUUGAGCAGCACUCCUCAGCACCUGAGCACGAAGUGCACGAUGAACCAAUGGGUGAAGUCAGCUAUCCUGCCUUACCUGUCACCGAACCAGAAGUCAACGACUCCAGCACGGUCAAAUCACGAAUCCCCGAGGCAACCACCACACCGCAAAUUACCGAAACACCGUCCGCACCUUCACCAGUGCACCAUCAUACAGCCGUCUCCAUGGCGGGAUCCCCGACACGUAGCCCCGCUGUUGCCACACCUAAGCAGAUUGAUCUCGAAGAGCUCAAUCCAACAUCACCAUCUCUUGAGAAGCAGCUUCGAAGUUCGCCUGUCAAGUUUGCGGCAACCCCUGAACAACCGAAGCAAUAUACAGAGGAGCCUCGCAGUACGUUUGCAGACUCUAUCAAAUUCCUUUCAACACCGAGUAAGGAGACUGGCACAAGUCCGCUGAAGCGUCUUCGUGCUUUGACGCCCAAAAAGUCCCCCGCGAAGAAGGCAAUGACCCCGAAGAAGAUUGCAACGCCGAAGAUGUCUACACCUUUCAUUGUUGAAAAUCGAAAUGCACCGGGCCUGCUCGACCUCGAAGCCGCUAAGAAUAUCUUUGCGGUGCCGAAGACUGGGCCUCCGGCAAGAAAAGUUCGGCUCAAUGAUUUCUUGGAUCUCGCCGGUAUCAAGUUCAUGGACUUGACUGCAUCGAAACGUAGACACACUGUUGCUCCCACGCCUAGCGAGCCACAUGGUGCUGAUGGUGAAGAACAGAACAUGGAUCUUGAAGGAGCCGUUGUUGCAGGUGCUUGCACGAUGCCUAUGCUCGAUAUGUUCCAGCAUGCCUGUCGUGAACUGAANAAAUACAUCUCUGAAGGCAAGUCUGCCCUCAAGAGUCUGGAAGCCGAGGUCUAUGAUGACCCUCCACCAUUCUUCCAGGCUUACAUGGAUGCCACACCCGAGCGUAAGUCUCGAUUGGACGGCAACAUGAGAGAUGCCAAGACGAAUGCGAGAAUGAGAAGCAAAGAAGCUUGGUAUGACUGGCGUAGCAAGCUCCUGGACGGUCUUUCGGAUGGUCUUGGCCGAAUACGAACUGGUCUUGAUGCAGAUGCUGAGAUUUUGGGCCAAAAGCAACAAUCGCUCGACGCUGUGCUUCCUGAGUUACUACAGCAUUAUGAAGGUCUCUUGAAGGAAGCAGAACAACUAGAACAAGCUGCAGCUGCGACUUCCGAAGAAGAAAAAGAGGAGUUGCGUGCUUCCCGCGCUCGUCUUGUUGAAGUGGACGAACAGAUCGAAGAGCGCAAGCGCAUGCUGGCUGGUCUUCAGCGUGAUGUUGACGAGCAGGACAAUCUUGCCGAAGCCUACGAGGAAAGUAAGAUCGAGAGCUUGGCUGCCAUACAGGAAGCCGAGCGUGUCAAGGAAUCAUGUCGUGGCUUCACCAUCGAUGAGGUCCAAUCACUCAAAGCAUCAGUGGCACAGCUUGAGAAGCAAACAGGCUGGUCUAUCGCCUCGGCCUCCGGCACCAACCUCACAAUGACCUAUGUAAACACACUGCAGCUCUACUUCAACACAAUGUCCUUCAAACCAACCUCUUCCGCACAAGCGACAAACCCAACGAACUCGCCUAUCUCACUUACGCACAUCACUCCUGCCACAUUGACGACAGAGAAGCGCUUCUUCCUUCAACUCAUGCGUGCGCAACUGCAAUGUCUGGAUCAAAACACCAUCUCUCUGAAGCAGCUUCUCGGCUUUGUGCAGAGAGGCUGGGACGCUGCCUCACUCAUCGCUGAGCAAGUGCGCUGUUUGACUUUGGAGCAGCUCGUCAAUGUUAGCAUCCUUAGCGAUGAGCGUCUCGCUAUUGACGUCUGCAUCUUGCUGCCCAAGGUUGAGACGAAAGUCAAGGUGGGACUGCGAUUGACAGCCACGCUCUCAGAUCCCGAGGCACAAGACCUGGAUAUCAAACACGAGAUUGAUGUUGACGCCAAAGUGGUUUAUGGCGAGCCCUACAACGAGAAGAACAUGUCCGAAUUCGUAGGCAAAAGAGUCAGAGGUCAAGGAUCCGAGGGUUGGGAUGCGACGAUCAGAGAAUUGAGGACGAGACUCGUCGCGACUGGACGUAAGGGACGUUGA